GCAACGCAUGCGUUGCAUCCCUCAGGAUCAAUAGGAUAUUAUCCGAAUUUCAUCCCCGUGUCAACAGGGUGUCGUCUAAGUACAGAUAUAAUUAUAGUUUUGUGUUUUUUCUAGUCGCAAAGAAACUAUGAGCUGCAUAGGGGAGUGUUUGGACUUAGGACCUCCACCAGACUCUAUCCUUUUUCUUCCACCACCACCAGCACCCUCGAUUCUGCAACAUUCCCUGCCAGAUCUUCUUCUUAACACAACACCCUGCUCUGCAGGACAAUUAUGCGAUGCCUGGGUACCCCUGAACAAGUUUCCGGACAGUGAAGAUUAUGUUGAACUAUCAAGAAAAGAGGCUGAAACAUGGUCUACACUCGAUGAUACAUGGCUGUUGGUUCUAAUUGUAUCAUCAAUAGGUGUGCUGCUUCUUGGAGCUCUUUUAGCAAUGUUCCUCCUCAAAUGUAGAGAGAUGAAUAUGUUCGGCAGUAAUGAUUGUUCUCUUCACAGCAGAGAGCCUAGACCUAUGAAAAUAUUAGAACAACGUGAAUGUACCUCGUCGAAUGGUAUCAAUGGUAGCAAAAUGAUACAUCCAAAUGACCCAACUAUGUACAAUGGAAAUGUUGGUCUACAAGAUAAUCGUAUGGUAUGGGCUGCUCUUACUCCUGGUGGAGGAACUCAACAUUUCAUUUCGGAGAACUAUCCCAAAGAAUUCGUAGACUACAGGGAAGCGGACGAUCACUACGAGACCAUAGAUAAUAUUACCAUCAAGCCAGCUGUUGCUCCAAAUGUCUACCAUUCGUAUCACAAAGGGAUGCCUUAUCACACCAACGAGAGGUCCAGUUUCGACAAUUCCAACUACGAGUACGAGGAGCCAAUGCCACUCAUCAAAAGCUACCAGUACAACAGCUUCGACGACUAUCAGUAUACUCUCCCUGGAGGCAAUACGGACAUGAGGUGCAUCAGCAUGGCCUACGCUUCUAACAGCAUGCGCAGACACAUGCCAGUAUCCAGACCAAGGGUGUCAUCACCAACGCGCAUCGAACAUCCGAAUCUGCCACCAUUGAAUCUGUAUCCCCUGAAGAGCAGCACGUUGAAGCGGAACAGCAAUCUGAGCUACAGAAAUGUGGAUACAGGGACAUUGCCCAAGUAUACUUGUUAGUCGCUUAGACCUACAGGUUUUGAUUCUUCAGACACAAGACGCGACCCUUACAUCACCUUCAGUUCAUUUGUAACAAAUAGGGUCCAAGCACUUCCAUAGCUGCAAUAUUAUAUUCUUUUGAAGGAUAUCUUUAAGAAAGAUAAAUACUCAGUUUCAUCCCGAUUCUGUAAAUCUUCGUCGAAAAGCUCGUUACACACAAUUAUUACAAUUAGUUGUGAUAAAAAAAUUAGUUGUGGAAAAAAUAUUCCCAAAGUAUAAAAUAUAUUUUCAAAACAUAGUAGGUAUCAAAACUAUGUUUUUUAAACAUCAUAGGUAUCAUUUUAGAAUUGUUUUAGGGGGAAUAUAGGGCCAGGGAACCUAAUGGUGUAUUCUUACAUGUUGCUUGAUCUAACUCAGAAUGAGAAUGAGUGAGUACUUCCUGAGGUUUUGUCAUGCCGAACUAAGAAAAUUCAGAUCUGAAUGGGCCCCGAUUGACUCUUUGAGAUAACCGAAACAUUGUUUUUUACAUUUCUCGGCAUGUCCCUGAGAAGCAUAAACCUUGAAGCACUUUAUAUUCCAAUGUCGGAGUUUUAUACCCAGAAAAAUCUGUAACUGAAAUUUUGAAGUGAUUCAUCUUUCUAUUUCUGGUUUCUGAAUGCCUUCAUGAUCUAAUAUCACAUGGGGAGAAGUGAUUGUUGGUGCAAUAAAUGCACACGUUUUUACGACUGUGGUGACCCUGAUCUUAUAUUAAGGAGGGCAAGCUAAAGUAACUCUUCUAACACUUUAAACUUGAGCUAUUCUGGAAUGAUGAGACAACUUGGUCUGCAUCACAUCUGCAAGUAAGGGUUGAAAACAAUUCUGUUCAAUGGAAUUUAAAUUAUCAGAAUGAGUUUUUCUUUGGAAUAUAUUUCGCGUCGUGAUUUCUGGGUUACACAUCUACGAGGAAAUUACGAAGAUCUCUCCCUUGGAAUUGGGAAAAAAAAUUGGAUAAGAUCUAAUGCAUCGGAGUGGAAAGAAUGAAAAUACGAAGCAGGAAACGCCAUCUAGCAAGUGGUAACGCAACGUUUAGGGUAGAGACUCGAAUAGGCCGAUGCCAGCCCUAUCAACCACCUUUACAAGAUUAUCUAUGGGUAUCAUUCGGUAAUGAUGUAAUCAAGCUUUCAUGAUUACCUUGACCUGCAAAUCAAACAUAUGAUAGGUUAACGACUGGAUGCUUUAUCUGUACCACCAAAUGACCUAGUUAACCUUAGUAGACGAAUUCAAGGUUAUUUAUGUUUAUUCAAUAUAUUUCUAUCCUGAUUCGGCUAGGCCUAACUAACUAUAUGCCAGGUUUUGCUGAAAUUUGAUUUAAUUAUAUAGAGCAUCCAUGAAAUGAAUAUUCCAGAAAUGCAUCAGUACAGAGAUCUACUGGUUCCUACUACGAUAUUUCUUCCUCUGAUCAUACCUAUGAAAAUGAAACUAAAACUUGAGAAUAGGGAAUUAAAAGAUGGAAUAAAAUAUACCACAUUCAGCGUAUUGUAGAUUCCGAAUCCUUGCGUCCUAAUACAUUUUUUUUUUAAUCAUAAGACGAUAAUCUCUCAGUUUUCACCCCACUAAACGCACAAAAUUUAUUUUAAUGAAUCAUUGAAUUAUAAUGAUUGAUCUAUUUGAAUUCGAAAUGGAACAAAAAACAAUCCCAGAAUCAUUCAAACUGCUGCAUUAUUUAAUCACAGCACUUCGAUGUCGUAUAAUCUAUUGUAUAUUUAUCCCUAUUUAUUUAACUUAUUCGUCAUUGUUAUCAUAAUUUAAUGAACUCUUGUUAUAGAAUAUCAUUAGGUAUUUGCUCAAUUAAACUCAUGAGUUUACUCUGAAUACUUUCAAGUUCAGCUCCAUUAUUUUGUGUUGGUUUUUAUUUUUGAAUAUCCAUAGAUUAUAAUAAUAAUCAUUCAUAUGUUAUUAUAUUGUUGAUAUUUUCAAUUCAGUUCCAGUGUGAACAAGAGACCAGAGAAAAAUCAUUCGAUGUUAUUGUUAUUGUACUACCUUUUUUGUUAUUUAUUUAUUAUCUACAUUUAACAAUAAAUCUGUUUUUCCUU